AUGAAGAAGUCCUCUCUAUCAGCGUCGUCGUUCUCCAGCCACAACAGCAGUGAUCACAGACGGAUGCCCAAAGCCUCGGCAACCCGAAAGUCCAUCGCCAAGAACUUUGAACUGGGAUGUGCCGCCGCCAGAGGCAAUAGGAAUCCCAUUUCACUUCACUCUGUAGAUGAGGAAGUGUUUGCGUUGGUAUGGACAUGGAUUGCCGAAACUCUCGUGGCGGAAACGUCGCUUUGUCGAUCGAGCAAGGAAGCCAUUACAGAGCUCAUCAGUCAACACAACGAUUGUCCUCUUUGCGAGAAAGCCCAUCGUAUCAUGAUGAUUGCAGCGCGGCAAGCAGAAAUUGAAGGCGAGAUGAAUACCAUCAAGUGCCCUAUACGGAAAUCACGGCAAUGGUACAAGGCAGAGUACCACCAGCAACAUCCAACCGAAGGUGGUGAAGGAUCGUCAUCCACGUGCGCUGGACAUGCAGAGGACAAGGCAAUACGCAAUACUCAGGCGCUCGAGUACGCCGAUCAUUUGCUGACGCUGUGGCAGCAACGAAGCAGCAAGUUGGCGGCUUCAAGAGAAGAUAGUAGUAGUGUGGUCGACGAAAGUUCAGAUCAUUAUUUGACGGAACAAAACAAGGCGGAGAUUGCGCUCUUGGUGCUCCUCUUCAACUACAUGAACCGCGUCGUCAGCAGUUUGCUAGGAGAACAUUUCUCCUCGGCUUUUUUUCGAGUACCAACGUCCGCCGCUCUGGCAUUGGAAAGCCGUGCUGGGUUCAUGGCCAUGAUGACCCGAUUCAUGGCCAAUGGAAUGGUGGGAAAAUUCAAAAAGACGCAUUUGCCAGGAGAGAUAUCGGCCGCACUGCUAGGAACCAAAACGGAUCGUCCGGAAGAAAGACAAGAGAAAGAAUGUCGUGAUCAUCCCAGUACUACUAAAAGUACCCCUGACGAUGAUAACCAGCCGCCAAUAUGCUUACCGCGUCACUUGGAGAGAGCGACACUUGCUGGCGAACACUGUGCUUUGGCGUUGCGACGCAUCACCACAUGGGUGGAGCAGUUUGAACAGACGGCCAUUCGUGAUGGACUCAUCUCGGAAACACUAUUGCGGGCAUUGGAUGACAAUUCCACCAUGGUUCCAUCAUCGGACCUUCGAGCACACAGACUGGUUCAUUGGGUAACCGUCACCAUGCGGAAACGGCUCCAAAAGUCCUGCCGUUCCGAGGAGGAUGUCACGCUCGCUAUAGUUUUGCUUUUGGUGGGGUAUUCGCCCAAGAGUGUGUUCCACAGCUUUCAUUGGGAUAAGUUGGUUGAAGCCCAGGGAGAAGACACGGCCAAACGAUUGGUUAUUUGGUGGUCCCUCAGGUGGACUCUGGAGAGGGCAAAAGGGUUGGAUGGAAACCAGGAUGACGACGCUGGUGACGAACUAAUAACCAGCUAG